AUGGGUUGUGGAAAAUCAAAACAUGAUGUUGUCACGGGAAACACCACGACGGUCAAGAAACCUUCGGAAGCUGAGUCAGUAAAGGGAAAAAAAGAGAACGAGUCAAUUAAAAGACAAGAAAAAUGCACGUGCCAGAAAACCAACGAAGUCUCAGCUGUUGUUUCUAUGAACCGGCCAGAAACCACCGUGGAAAACAAUACCAAUGAACCGGAGGAGAAAGAAGCUGGAGAAGAUUGUGGUGAGAAGGUAGCAGAAGAGACCAAUAAUAAACAAAACCUGGAGGAAAAGGAAGUCAUCACUUUGCCAUCGGUGCCCCAAAAUAUUGUGACGGAGGAAACUCUUAACGAGGUUAACGAGAGCGCUUUGCCUGUGGAUGAACAAAAAGCAGAAAAAGUUGAUAUUGAGACGGUGGCCGAAGAGGAAAGAAGUAUGGAAGAUAAAGUUGAUUCUGGUGACGUCGACACUCCACCUUCUAAGGUUGAAGAACCAAAGCCGGAUAUAGAAACUCCGGUAACAGCAGAAUCAGAAGCUCAAGAACUUUUGACCACAGAAAAUGUAGAAACUGAGGCAGCGGAAACUGUAGAAGUUGCAUCCACAGAAAAUGAUGACGUUCAGGUUCUAAAGGAGGAAGAUAAAGUUUGA